GCUUAAAACGUCUUCGUCUGCUGGAUAGACUAUAGAUGGGUAUGUGUGGAAACGAUUUAACUCGUUGUUUUAUCGACGCUCAUUCAUCCCCCUGCUUGGAAAAGUAAUGCCAUCAACAGGCCAGAGUGGGCUCAUCCAAUGAAAAAGUGGGAGUGCUGCAUGCUGCAUGGCAAUUGGCUGCCCUGGCCCUAGGCAGAUUGCGUGAGCAUGAAGCUCAGGGAUUAGAGAUGAUAUAGGCUUCUGUCCUUCCACAAUGGUUGUUCCUGAACCCCAGGAGAAAAUGUACUACCCUCCUGAUGACCUGAAGAGGGAUGCUCAUGUGCCUGAUCUUAACACCUAUCUGGCACUGUACAGGAAGUCUCUUGAAAAUCCAGAAGCUUUCUGGAAAGAGAUUGCUGAUGAGUUCUUUUGGAAGAAGCCAGCAACAGGACCAAUGCUGCAGUACAACUUUGAUGUGACAAAAGGCACCAUUUAUGUGAAAUGCAUGGAAGGGGCCAAAACCAACAUGUGCUAUAAUGUCCUGGACAGGCUUGUGAGGGAGAGGAAUCUUGGUGAAAAGGUUGCCUAUUACUGGGAGGGAAACUCCCCUGACCACCACAUGGCCAUCACCUACCGCCAGCUGCUGAGCCAGGUCUGCCGUUGCGCUAAUGUCCUCAAGCAAAUGGGUGUAAAAAAGGGAGACAGGGUGUCCAUCUACCUUCCCAUGAUCCCAGAGCUGGUCUACACUAUGUUGGCCUGUGCAAGGAUAGGCGCUGUUCACUCUAUUGUGUUUGCAGGUUUCCUCCUCUGAGUCUCUGUGUGAGAGGAUCGGUGGAUGCCCAGAGCAGCGUCACUGGUGACAGCAGAUGGUGUUUAUAGAGGGGAGAAGCUGAUCAACCUGAAACAGAUUGCAGACGAGGCUCUGAAGAAGUGCAGGGAAAAAGCGUCAUCGAGUGUCACUAAAUGCCUCGUCAUCAAGCACCAUGCAUUCAGGACAAAAAGCGGAGCUGCAUGCAACAAACUACAGACCUCCUGGGACCCAGACUGUGAUGUGUGGUGGGAUGAGGUGAUGAGAGACUCUCCUGAAGAGUGUGAGCCCGAGUGGCUGGAUACUGAGGAUCCGCUGUUCAUCCUCUACACCAGCGGCUCCACCGGCAAACCCAAGGGUGUUCUCCACACUGUUGGCGGGUAUCUACUCUAUACGUCGUUGACCUUCAAGUACGUUUUCGACCAUCACCAUGACGACGUGUACUGGUGCACUGCCGACAUUGGCUGGAUCACCGGCCACUCCUAUAUCACCUACGGCCCCCUCGCAAACGGAGCCACAAGCGUCCUAUUUGAAGGUAUCCCAGUUCACCCUCACAUCGGCCGGUUCUGGGAGAUCAUUGAGAAGUACAAAGUAACCAAGUUCUACACAGCUCCAACAGCCAUCCGCCUGCUGAUGAAAUACGGACGGGAACCGCUGCAGAAGUAUGACCUCUCCAGCCUGAGGAUUCUGGGUACUGUUGGUGAGCCGAUCAACCCGGAGGCGUGGGAGUGGUACCACGAUGCCGUCGGUCAGGGCAGAUGUCCCGUGGUCGACACUUACUGGCAGACAGAGACCGGAGGCCACGUGUUGACUCCUCUGCCUGCUGCCAUGCCGCUGAAACCAGGCUCCGCUACCUUUCCUUUCUUCGGAGUAGAGCCCACAAUCCUCAACGAACACGGAGAGGAACUGGAAGGCGAGGGCGAAGGUUAUCUUGUAUUCAGGAGGCCGUGGCCUGGAAUAAUGCGCACUGUGUACAGAAACCACGAACGCUUCGAGAAAACCUACUUCAAGAAGUUCCCGGGCUUCUAUGUAACUGGUGAUGGGUGCAGGCGGGACAAAGACGGCUAUUACUGGAUCACAGGAAGAAUAGACGACAUGCUGAAUGUGUCAGGCCACCUGAUGAGCACAGCGGAGGUGGAGGCUGCUCUGACGGAGCACCCGGCCCUGGCGGAGGCUGCGGUAGUGAGUCGGCCUCACAAGGUGAAGGGCGAGUGUCUGUACUGCUUCGUCACCCUCAAAGACAGCAGGGAGUUCAACCACAAGCUGGUGGAGGAGCUCAAGAGACUGGUGAGAGAGAAAAUCGGACCAAUCGCCACACCAGACUUCAUUCAAAAUGCUCCCGUGCUCCCGAAGACUCGCUCAGGGAAGAUCAUGAGGCGAAUCCUCCGGCAGAUCGCCCGCAACGAGAAGGACCUGGGCGACCUUUCGACCCUGGCCGACCCAAAGGUGGUGGAGGAGCUGUUCAGCAAGAGAUGUGAAGCUGCAGCCUGAACAAGCCCCUCCCCCUCUCCUUCUCUCUGUAUGCUCUGCAACAGCACACAUGAAGACAAAUCCCAAACUGCUGGUUCUGGGUCAGCAUCUGUGCUCUUGUUGGAACUGAAUGAAGGGGCUGGGAUCAGAAAUGUAUACCGCUGGCACUGAGACAUUUAAAAUUGUUUUUUCAGGUGGAGAAAAGAAAGUAGAACACAAUUGAUUUGUACGAAAUGUCAGUGGUUGCUUGUACAAGGCGACAAAUGGGGCUUUCGUUGCUUUUGCGUUUGGGUCAAAAUGUCAAACAAACUCGUCUCAGAAUUGCUUUUAGCUCCAUGUGUCAUAUUGUUGGAGGAGGAAGUUAAUGUUCUCUUUGUUAAAUUUUAAAAUAGAAAAGUCAGCUGUGCACAGCUUGUUUUUUUCGACUGCAGCCUGAUGUAUAUUUUCAAUCUGUGAUACAUUUCUAUAAGCUGUUGAUUGGCCCCCUCAUGUGGCAGGAAUCGCCCUCUACAGCUACUGUCUGAUGGUUUUCUGUAAAAGGCUUUAUACUCUCCUGCCUUUUGUCUUUUAAUGAUGCACAGAGCGCUCACAGGGCUUUGAGUGCAGUAUGGAGCUGUGAGGGAUGCAGAGAAGAAGAUAAUAGAGGGUUGUGUUAUCUGAAGUGCACUGGAUUCUUUUGAAAUUACAAGCGAGUGGUCUUAAAAAAAGAUGAGAUUGCAGCAGGAUGUUCUGAAAGUGGCUCAGUCGACUCCUCUCUUAUUUUACUAUAAAUGUUAUUUGUCUCCUCUACACCGUUAAACACAACAUGCAUGCAGCAAUAUACUGUAUGUUUGUUUAGGUGGGGAGGACGAGGAAAGAGGAGCCCAGAAAAAUGUCAAUGGGUAAUAUUACAUCAUCACCCCAGCAGCAGAGGAGGGGUUACCAUGGUAACCUCUUAAUUCUAACCCCCCCCCCCCCCCAUGCCAUAUGAUGUGGAAUUUACAGUUGUGUUGAUAAGACCGUUAUCCUGGAAUGUAUUACUGUUUGGCAACAUUAGCCCUUUAUCUGCUAAAGUCAUCUUAAUUAUUGAGAUUUUUAGUCUUAUUUCUUUAAUUAGUACCAAUAUGUUUUCAUUUCAUUGGGGGGAAUACUGUAAAUCAACAACACUAUUUUGAAUAUCUUUUUUUUCUUCAUUUUUCCAGUGUGAACGCACUACAUACUCAAACUAAUAAUAAUAAUUAGUAUGUUGAAUGAAUUUAGGUCAUGUAGUGUUCAGGGUUAAUGUAAGGGUAUAAAUGUAAGUCAAUGCAUUUUAAGUGUCAAAUUGAUUUUGCGACGAUUUUGUAAAAGACUAUUUUGGCAAUAAAAAGGUGUUGGAACACA